GAAAUUAUAUUACUAUGGAUGUAGCAAAGCGUGAAAAGAGUUGCAAAGCUAAUGCACCAUCACCAUCAGGUUAUUCUGCUUCUGAUAAUCUGGAUGAGAGUCUCUUGCUAGAAAUUUUUUGUCGACUUCCUUGCAAAAGCGCUCAUCGGUUUAAGUGCGUCUCCAAGCGUUGGUUCUCUAUAAUUUCCGAUUCAUAUUUCAUUCAACGGUUGUUAUUGGCUCAUCCACAGCCCCCACCUUUCACACUCUUGUUCAAGUAUGAAAGCAAUGAUCAGCAAAAGAUGAAGGUUCUGAUCACGUCCAAAGAAGCGGUAUUCCGAUCUCAGGGAUUCAGUUUGAGCUUCCUUCCGUGUUUCAAAGCCAACGAAAAGGACCCUGUUAACAUCAUAGCUUCCUGCAACGGCUUACUAUUGUGCAGUUCUGCUGCAACUAAGGCUUGUCCCACUGUUUACUACAUUUGUAAUCCAUUGACCAAGCAAUGGUUUGCUCUUCCUCCUGUUUAUCACUGCAAUCAAGAGGCCUAUUCCGGGUUAAUCUGUGAAAACGAAGGAGGAGCAAAGGGAGGAAACGGCACUUUUUCAAUUAAUGAUCAAUAUAAGUACCGAGUAGUUUGCAUUGUUAGACACUCUAAGACUGAUUUGGCUGUGAAAAUCUUUUCCUCUGAGACUGGCAUAUGGAAGGAAAUAUUUCGCAGAUACCGGGAUUACUAUCCUAUGGUUUACUUACACCAUCAGGCCAUUGCAUAUGAGGGAGUGCUUCACUGGUGGAGUCCAUUGAACCGUAGCUUUGUUACAUGUGAUCCGUACAACAAAGAUGGAAAUCUGAGAUUCUCUUUCGCUUUAAACUAUGCGGCCAUGGACUUGGCGUUUGAAGAAUGUCCAGGAGUUUGCAAGGGCCGUUUGCGCUUAUGCCAGCAAUUACUGAGUCUGACAGAGGGAUUUUCAAUAAUAAGAGUUUGGAACCUCGAAGAAGACCACGAUGGAGGCAAAUGGUGCUUGAAGCAUGAAUUUUUUUUGCAUGAACUUGAGUCAGAAGUUACUCAACUUGUUGAAUAUGCAAGGUGCUGUUCAGUGCCUCGUUUCCGAUUGCUAAGCGUUGACCCGUACGAUGAGAACAUUAUAUAUAUGUCUUGUCUUGGCUCUAUCGUUUCAUGCAACAUGGAAGGGAAGACCCUGGAAAUUGUCUCUGAAUAUCCAGCUGCAGAUGGAAAUUCUCAACAGAGUCGUGCCUACCCAUUUCAUCUCCCAUGGUGGCCAACUCCAGUUCCAUCAUAUAUAAACUAGGUCUCGCUUCAUCCAUUGUUGGAUAGCGACAUAAUAGUUUCUAAUUACUAUUUUAUUAUCCUAAUAUUAGGCCUUUAC